GGAGGGCAAUGAAAAGCAGCUGACCGCAUUGCGCAGGUGUGUGGCUGUGCUUUGGCUCUCCGGGCAAAGAUGGCGGAGCGUGGUUACAGCUUUUCGCUGACUACAUUCAGCCCGUCUGGUAAACUUGUCCAGAUUGAAUAUGCUUUGGCUGCUGUAGCUGGAGGAGCCCCUUCAGUGGGAAUUAAAGCUUCAAAUGGUGUAGUAUUAGCAACUGAGAAGAAACAGAAAUCCAUUCUGUAUGAUGAGCGAAGUGUACAUAAAGUGGAACCAAUUACCAAACAUAUAGGCUUGGUGUAUAGUGGCAUGGGCCCAGAUUACAGAGUGCUUGUGCACCGAGCUCGGAAACUGGCUCAGCAAUACUAUCUUGUUUACCAAGAGCCCAUUCCCACAGCCCAGCUGGUACAGAGAGUAGCUUCUGUGAUGCAAGAAUAUACCCAAUCAGGUGGUGUUCGUCCAUUUGGAGUUUCUUUACUAAUUUGUGGUUGGAAUGAGGGACGCCCAUAUUUAUUUCAGUCAGAUCCAUCUGGAGCAUACUUUGCCUGGAAAGCCACAGCAAUGGGAAAGAACUAUGUGAAUGGGAAAACUUUCCUUGAGAAAAGGUAGGCUCACCAUAACUAGAUUUGUUAGCAAAC